GGGGGGAGUGAGGAGAUGUUCUCCGGGUUGAUCCAUCGAGAAGCUUCGAUCUCCUCCGGCGAGGAUGCGGCGGCGGCGGCGGCGGGGGCGGGGGCGGCGCACGGGGGGCCGAGCCUGGUGCUCACCGCCGACCCGAAGCCGCGGCUCCGGUGGACCGCCGACCUCCACGAGCGCUUCGUCGACGCCGUCGCCCAGCUCGGCGGCCCCGAAAAGGCGACGCCGAAGACUAUCAUGCGAACAAUGGGUGUAAAGGGGCUCACUCUCUUUCACUUAAAGAGUCAUCUUCAGAAAUACAGAUUGGGGAAGCAGUCUGGCAAAGAAAUGACGGAGCAAUCUAAAGACGCUGCCUACCUUUCUGAAGCCCAAAGUAGCGCGAAUUUGUCGCCGAGAGUGGCUACCCCCGACGUGAACGAAGGUCAAGAAGUUAAAGAGGCCUUGAGGGCGCAAAUGGAAGUGCAAAGAAAACUUCAUGAACAAGUGGAGGUUCAGAAGCACGUUCAGAUUCGAAUGGAAGCGUACAAGAAGUACAUCGACUCCUUACUCGACAAGGCGUACAAGAUCGCGUCGGAGCAAAUCGCGAUGAGCAGUCUCAACAACUCGACCGAGCACGACUUACACGAUCUGGCGACCAGAGGGGUCAUGUGCGCCCCCUCCGACCCCCUGAGCCCCUCGAUCUUCCACCAACUAUCCGUCGGCUCGAUCAGUUUACACAGUCCGGGGGGCAGAACCGCCCCGACUUCGGCGAUCGACGGCCAAUUCUUCUUUCAAAAACCGCCGGAACUAAAGCGCAAAUCAUACUAAACCAAAAAAGGAAAAAAGAAAAAGAAAAAGAAAAAUGCAAAGAUGGAAAUGGAAAGAUCUUCUUUUGUAGUGCAGUAGUGUUCUUAGUGGCCUUGUCCUUUUAGUUCUUUGUAAGAUAUUUCGCGGAACAAGGUUUAUUUUCCUUUAUAUUUCUUAUUAAAUUUAAAAACUUUGAUCUUUAAUAUUAUUAUUAUUAUGUGACACUACUACACUGAUCAGGCUCUCUGUUGUAUGAACUUUUAUUAUUAUUGCAAUGCAAUUAUUAGAUAGUGAGCAUUACUUGGUUA